AUGUUCCUCCGUCCGACCAAUUUCAGCAGAAGCUGUUUCAACCUCAUCCGUCAGCACAGACCUUUCUACUUCACAGCUGGCGUUCGCAGCGCCCUCAACACCUCCAUGACAGAUACGGCAAACACAUCAGGUGUCUCUGCCGCUUCUAUAAAGGACACGCUGAUUGCCAAGCUAGACGCUCAGCAUGUGGAAAUUGAGGAUAUGUCAGGAGGCUGCGGGCAGGCGUUCCAGGCAAUCAUAGUUUCCCGGCAAUUCGAUAAGAAAACCAUGCUCGCCAGACAUCGGCUCGUCAACUCCGUUCUCAAGGCAGAAAUCGCAGCUAUCCACGCCUGGACGCCCAAAUGCUAUACGCCGGAACAAUGGGAGAACGAACAGAAGGCACAGUCUUGA